AUGACAUUCCGUGUGUGUAAACAUAUUUCCGGAAAAUUUGCUCAAAAUUGUUUUUUUCCUCUGCUGUACAUAGGUGUUUCCGAAGCGAAGACGCCAAUUGUUUGCGGGACCCUAACUACGAUUUCGACGUCAUUUGGAGUUGUCCACAAACCAAUGGGAGUAUCCACGGGACGUUUUGUGCCUGCACCAUUGGGCCGAUGCGAACGUGCUCUCUGUUGGAUCGUUUGGCUUUUUCAUUCAGCGGCAGCGUUCUUCAUAGCGGCAAAUGUAAGUCAAGGCAAACUACGACCAUGGAUUGGACAUUGGCUUUCGAACAGCAGCUAUGUAACCGGAAUGAAGGUGGAUCUAUCGGACACAGAAUGGCUACAUUUUCGAAAUACAAUCAGCCAUAUGCUUUUGGAUUAUGCACUUCAUAGUGUGAUGUUCUUUCUAAUAAUUCGCCAUGUAUCCACAAAAUGGGUGAAAUUGGCAUUGUUUGCUGCAGGACUACUGCUACAAAUACACAUGACAAGCCCGACCUGUGUCAUCGUUUUGAUCGUGUUCGCCACGGCCGUCACCGGUCUGUCGUUGCUCACUCGAAACAUAGCCGUGCCCUGGAUAUUGUGCAUUUCGUUUGUGCUAAAAGCUAGCGAUAUCGUUCCGUUCACGAUGACGAAUCACACAUAUUAUCGGGAAUUCAAUAUUUACCUCUAUGGCGCCAUAAAGAUCCUGAAUUUCUCCUUGUAUAUGUGUAAAAACAAAGAGAAAAAAUAUGCUGAAGUCUGGGAAGAUCAUUUGGUCUAUUUAUCGUAUCUACCGUACUCAAUGACGUUAAUAGUUUUGUUUGAUGACUUCAUCAUUCAAUUACAACGACGUUUACCUCACAAGGAGGACUGUGGAAGUUUCGUGGAUCUCAGAUCAGCCGCCUUUUUCGGUGUUCGUCUUUUGCUCUGGUAUUUUGUGUUCGAGUUCAUUCUUCACUUCAUAUAUGUACAUUCGCUUUUUAACUCCCCAUUCACAAUGGUUCAACACCUAGGUAACUAUGAAAAAUGUGCAGUGGCUUACGUUAUUGGUCAACUAUUUCACGUAAAAUAUGUUGUUCUUUUUGGUGUUCCAGCCUUCUUUGCUAGGAUUGACGGGAUGCAGCCACCACCACCACCCAUUUGUAUUUCACGGGUCUCUCGUUAUUCACGUAUGUGGCGUCAUUUCGACGCUGGGUUAUAUCAAUUUUUAAAGAACCAGGUAUAUAUACCUUUACUCAAGGUUGAGAUUCCUACAGCAUUGGUUAUUAUUAGAAAUCUAUGCACACUGGCAGCUGUUUUUGGAGUAGUGCUUGCUUGGCAUGGCACUAGAUCUCACUAUGUUUGCUGGGUGCUUCUCUCAGCUACAGAACUAAUAAUGGAGAGAAUAGGAAAACUAAUAUGGGAUACCACAUCUUUCCAAGAACUGCGUAAAUCAAUUGGUGAAUUGAACACAAGAAGAGCUAUUGCGGUAGCUAUGAUCUCAACUGUGAUACCAGGGAUUUUUGGAGUGUUUUUCUUUCUUGGUUCGGAAGGGACUGGAUCAAUAAUUCUCGAGCACAUUCUUCUUGACGGAAUGAAGGAUGUCCUCAAAGGAAAUGUGUUUCCUAACAACAGUGGUUUCGUAUUUCUGCACAUGAUAGCGCUAGGAUACUUCUUCAACAACGUGUGUUUGGAAUUCGAACAAGCUGCGAAACCCAAGAAAGACGAAGAUACUAAGCAAGAAUGA